AGUGAAGAGUGAAGUUGGAGCCACUGUUCAAAAAUUGUUUUAUCUGUGAAAAUAUUCAUAAAUUUUGAGUAAUUAUGGAUGAAACUGACAAAAAAUUUCUUGACGACGACUUGAUGGAGCUUUUUCUAACAUCUACAAAACUACAAAAGUCCCAUAGUAAACUUCUGAAAACCAGUCAAACCCAGCAUAAAGGCUUGGUAAAAAUGUCAGAAUUGCUAAAAUUAGCUGGGGAAAGUCACGAAAAACAGAAUGAAAUGCAAAAACAUACUGACAGAUUGGUAGCAAAGCAGCAGAGUGUUAUUGAUGACCUAUUCUCAGUAAAACAGGAAAACAAGCAACUUAAGGAACAAUUACAAUCACAGGAGGAAAAUUGUGUUGCUUUGCAAAAAGAGUUCGAAAUAGAAAAGGAAGAUCUGAACGAGCAGAUACGAGUGAUUAAUGAAAUUUAUGAAGAGAAAAUUACCAAAAUAAACGAUGCCAAUCUGCAAAAAGAAUUCAGAAUGAAAAACGACUGGACUGACACCCAAAGGAAAUGGGAAAUUACAAGGAAAGAAUAUGAGGAGAAACUAGAUGAUGAGAAACGAAAUAUUGCCGCUUUAAAUGCCGAGAAGAAUGACGUGAUAAAAGCUACCAUUAAGAAGUAUGAGGAACAAGUGAGAACAUUGAGGGAGUUGCUGGACAAUGCUAAACGUGAGCAUGAAGUGCUUGAAAAAAGAAAUUUCGAAAACACCAAAAUCCAUGAGAAGAAAAUGGAGGACCUUGAAAAGCAUUAUAUAAAAAUGAUGGAGGACAUAAAAAAUGAGCUAAAGCCAGCAUCUCAUGACAAUAAUGCAGAUUCAACUGCACAAACCACAAAUUCAAACUCAAACCAUACAAAUCUGGCUGGAUCUUCAAACACCUAUUCAAAUUAUGCAGGAGCUACCAACUAUUCAACCUUCACAAGUAAUUUGAACAAUCAAUCCAAUGUGAUGGGAAAUUUAAACAACCGUUCCAAUUUGGCUGGAGCUACAAACACCACCACUCUCAGUAAAGGAUUUUCAAAAUUCAACCAAGCCCCUUCCUUCAAGAAUGAGAUCAACAAUCAAGUGGGAGGAAAAAGUAACAAUAGUUGUAGAGCAGAUGAUAACAAAAUGGCGCCCAAAGUGGGACCACAAGUAGCAAAACCAGCAAUAUCAUCACACUACAGCACAAGAAGUGCUUCAGAAACAACAAAUGUGUGCACUAAAAAUUUGCCUGGACCAACAACUCCACACUUCUGCAUGCCAGAACCAGCAAACUCAUCUUACUGCACAAAAAAUGUGCCAGAUCCGACAAACUCACUCUACUGUCAACGUCAGAUCAAACCCAUCGUUACAAGCCUGUCUCAGGUCACCAAUCCCAAACCCCAAGCAAGCAAUGUGUCAUGGAGUACCAGUGGUAAAAAUGAUAUAAGUGGUACUUGUGCUGCAAAGAAAAUGAAACCAUUACAGUCUUUUCCUGAAGAUGGCAGUGGUCAUCCAUUGUAUGCUGAAAAGCAGUGUAAAGUCACAUUUGCACCAAAUCUCGUCAGCUCAGCAAAAGAGCCAGAAGCUGAGAAAAGAGUGCAGUUUCCUACUAACAAGAGGAAAUUGUAGAAUAAUUUGAGAUAAAAACAUAAUUUAGAAUAUCAUAGAUAUGAUAGUUGAUGAUUACUCAAUAUUGUAAGCCACAUAAUAUUGUAAGAGAUAUCAAGGCCAGGUUCACAAGCUCAGAAUUUAGCUAAGUUCUAGACUUAAAACAGCUGGAGUCAUAAAAUUGGCUUUCUGAGAUGGGGCCUAAUCAAUCAUAGUUUUUAUGAUAAUCUUUAUUAUCUCAUUUCUAUAAUUGGAAAAGUUUU